GUGCCCUACAAUUGUUCACCAAACUUGCCCUGAGUUACAUGAAGGGAACUAUAUUUUUAUUUUCUCUAACAAUUUGCUGUCUCUUGUUCUCUCAUUUAUGUUUUUAUAUGUACCGAGACUUUCCUCCCCACUUAUUGAAGUUUGGUUUACGUGACAGAUUUUGCUCUAGGUUUCAUUUCCAUACGCUGCACGGCUGUUGAGUUUCUUCAGAGAAUCCAAGAGCAUGGCAACAUGAGUUGCAAGUCUAACCGAUUCUCACAUCUCAUGAAGAAAAUCCUUGCAAUGAGAAGAAUUAAGAUCAAUUUACACAUAAAAUCUUGAGAAUUCAUUUUUCCACUAUAAAUUAUUGAGAUUUAUUCACUUUUUGCUCUAUUUUAAAUAUAAUUGUCUUUUUCAUCUAAAAAAUCAUAAUAAAUCUUAAUUUUUUACAAUGGAGAAAUGAAUAAUCAAAAUUUUGUGUAACUUAUGUGCGUUACUUAUCAGACUUUGUGAUUGAAUUAUGAAUAGUUUUUAAAUUGUAGACAACAACUACCUGCUUGUCAGUUGCAUUUAAAUAGCUAAUUCAACCGGAUAAGGUGUGUGGCCCAUCGGAUUACAUGGUGGAGUUCGAUUCCCUUUUAAAUCUUACUGUUGGGAAGUGGAGUAACUAUUUCCAAUGGAAUUAUGUAAGCAAUUCAACUCCACCAUUUAAAUGGGUUGAGUUUAAUCAUUCAUUUACAGCUUACAUAGCACAAUACAAUAAUGUCAUACAACCCAACGACCCUAGCAGGAUAAUGCGGCUGCCAUGGACAUAAUUAUAUGAAUCAGUAACUGACAGUGUAUCGUCAGGAUGGUUUGGAAAUGGAAGUCAAAUCAUAUAAAAGAGGACAAUAAAAGAAAUCGUGUCGUUUCAACCUUGUAUUCCACUGAAAAGGGAAUAAUAAUGUAAACAAGAAACCGUUUAAAUAGAGUGUAUAUUUGGAGAAGAUGUUACCUCUGUUGCUGCUCACUAGAUAUCAGUGUUACUAAUGGCAGAGAAGCUAACUACCUGUCUGAUUUGAGAUUUUUCCACGCAUUUUUCUUCACUCAGAAAGGGCUCUGUACAAAAUGAUCAGUUGGUAUUCUUCAGACGAAAUGGGGAAUCUUCCCUCUUUUAUUCUACACAGACCAGAAGCUUCCGCUGUUGUUGAAUUGUGCUCAUAAUGAUGUAAAAGAACCAAGUAUACCUAAUGACAAUUGACAAAUUGCUAUAUAUGCAAAACAAUGGAGCCAUGCAUUGAAGGCGCAUUUGUCUGCGCAAACAUGGACACAUCAUGACUUGGUCAUUUUUCAACAUCUGAAUAGUCACCAUUGCAGAAGAAACAGACGGCCAAGGCAUCUUCAAGAUUAUCUCCAGCCUAAUCCUAUUUUAAUAAACCAAGAACUAAAAA